UCCGGUGUGGGCCGGCUUGUUUUGGCUCCUGCCGUCACAGUAUGGCGGCGCGCGGCGGAGAGGCUCCUCAGGACCUGCCAGAGGGAGGGAGGCGCAGCGGGGAGGCGGAGGCGGCCUUGGCCUCGGACGGAGCCCGCGGAGGUCCUGAGUGUAUGUUGCUUACAAUGGAAGAAUCCCAAAUGUGUGAGUUUGGCAAAAGCAGCAAUCCAGAAGCGCUGAGAAACAGUGAGUGCCCUGCCUUGAACCCCUCUCUGCCACUUCCAGGAACAAAUUGUGAGAGCGGAGAAAGAGCAGGGGCCUUGAGUGAGGUGGACGAGUACAUGGUCAGGAACAGAAAGCUGUUGAAAACAGCAUUCUGUGCUCAAGAGCUGCGAGAGGAGACUCCUGGUCGAGAAGAAGCCCGAACGGACCCACCGGAUGGCCAGCAAGACCCAGAAAAUGAGAAGAGCAAAGAGAAAAACUUAGGAAAAGAAGUGCUGUUAUUGAUGCAAGCAUUAAAUACUCUUGCUACACCUGAAGAAAAGUUAGCUGCACUCUGCAAGAAAUAUGCUGAUCUGUUGGAGGAGAGCCGGAACGUUCAAAGACAGAUGAAGAUGCUUCAGAAAAAACAAGCACAGGUUGUUAAGGAGAAGGUCCACCUGCAGAGUGAGCAUAGUAAAGCCAUUCUUGCACGAAGCAAACUGGAAUCUCUCUGUCGUGAACUUCAACGUCACAAUAAGACAUUGAAGGAAGAGAACAUGCAACAAGCCCGUGAAGAAGAGGAGAGGCGUAAAGAAGCAACUGCACACUUCCAAAUCACGCUAAAUGAAAUUCAAGCUCAGCUUGAGCAGCAUGGCAUACACAAUGCAAAGCUUCGCCAGGAAAAUAUUGAAUUAGGGGAGAAGUUGAAGAAACUUGUAGAGCAGUAUGCACUGCGAGAAGAACAUAUGGACAAAGUUUUCAAGCAUAAAGAAUUGCAACAGCAGCUGGUGGAUGCCAAGCUUCAGCAAACAACACAGCUAAUAAAAGAAGCUGAAGAAAAGCAUCAGCGAGAGAGGGAGUUUCUGCUAAAAGAGGCUACUGAGUCCAGACACAAAUGUGAACAGAUGAAACAACAAGAAGCCCAGUUAAAACAGCAGCUUUCUCUCUAUAUGGAUAAAUUUGAAGAAUUUCAGACAACAAUGGCAAAAAGUAAUGAGCUUUUUACAACAUUCAGACAAGAGAUGGAAAAGAUGACCAAGAAGAUUAAAAAACUGGAAAAAGAAAUAAUCGUUUGGCGUACAAAAUGGGAAAACAAUAACAAGGCCCUUCUACAAAUGGCUGAAGAUAAAACCGUUAAGGACAAAGAAUAUAAAGGCUUCCAAAUAAAACUGGAGCGUUUGGAAAAGCUGUGCAGAGCUCUUCAAACUGAAAGGAACGAGCUGAACGAGAAAGUGGAAGUCCUUAAGGAACAGCUUUCCGUAAGAGAAACCAGUGUUGAUCUCGCUGUCCCUGGGCCACCGCCUUGUGCACUCAACUGUCAUGGGCAGCUGGGUGUCUCUUCCAAUGGAGCGCAAGAAGGCAUCCAGCCAGACCCUGAACUGGCAAAUGAGGGCUCUCAAAAAACUGUCUGUCACGAUUCCAUUCCAACCACAGAUUUUGUUGGCUAAAGUGUAAACACUGUAUUGAGAGAUAUAUUUUGUGUAUAACUUUAACUGGUGGUGGUAACUUAGUUUUGUGGUGAAAAUUUUCUUACUUUUUCUACCAUAUCUGUAUUUUCUUAGAACAGAACAGAAUUUGCCUGGUACAGGAAGCUGCAUAGCGGCUAUUGAAUAGCUUAUCUAUAAAAUUUCCACAAACUGUGUUGCACAUCUGCCUCGUUUUUCUAAACAAAAAACAACUGUCAAAGGAUGCAUGCAAAUUCCUUUCUUCUAACCCCAUAACACACCCAUGUACAGAUUUGGCAUGAUGUUAGGGGAACAGUUGUGACCCAUGCUGUCACAGGUGUGAUUUGGAAGAAAGAAAACCUACACUUUUAUUAACUAAAUUAAGGUUUAGCAAUGAUUUGUAUUUACCAAAUGCUGCAGUAAACUCGAACUGGGCACGUGUUGACCAGUGGAAGCUACUGAUUGGCUUCUUAGAUCCAUGUUUGUAUGAACAAAGCUGAACAAUCUUACAGGGUUUAGUGUAGCUGCAGUUUUGCCUGUAGCUGUGAAAUUUUGCAACUGGAAAAACAGGGUGCACAAUUCAUAUUUCUCAGGAUCGACCUGCACGAUCAAUUCAUAAAUGCAGUGACUGUUGCCCUACCUGUUAAAAUGAAGGAACAGGGGCCAAAGCCAGGCAAAUGUUGUCCAAACAACCACCAACUAAAGUCUAGAUGCAUUUCAAGUGUGCUGCUACUGCCUCCCUUCGGGGGGAUAUUUUUUUAAAGCUGAAAUGUAAAUCCCACUGUCUGCAAAUCCAUGUGUAUAGUUGCCGCUUAUUUGCAAUGGGAUUUUAGUUAGUGGUUGCUAAGCAGAAGUGUACUAUUACGUUUGUUCUGCCAUAAUUACUUCACCAGGUUUGAUGCCUAGUGUAGUGUGUACAAAUGCGUUCAUCACUGAACAUGGCCAUUUAAUUAUCAGUAACACUCUGUGUUGGUCCAUUUUGGACAGUAUUAUAAAUCAUCCUACAUAUAUGUGGCAGGACACAUGCUUUCAUGAAGAGGGAUCUGCCCUUAAUAAAUAUGCAGGUGGGAAUAUAGAUGAGUACUCUUAAAUCAGACCUGGAGAUGGAGGAAGAAUAGUUUGGUAUUUUUGCUCCAUUAAUGCUUAAAUUAUAGUGUCUUACUAGGUGAAACACACCUGUAAGUUAAAAGUGCCUUCUGGUAUCUAUAGAUUACCUGGUACACAUGGCACUUCAGGGGGAUGCUUCAUUUUCUUCCUAUGGUGUUGCACUUAGUUGUAAGUUCAGUUGAAAAGGUUCAGAACCCCUCUACCAUCCCCAAAAUAAUUUGAUUUAUGUAAAAAUACAGGGACCAAGAGUAUUUCCUUUGUUAAUAUAAGCAGAGUGCUACUAGGUCACCAGCAGCUGUUAACUCUGCCUACCUACCAGUGUUAGUUUUCUACUUGUCUUCAUUGUGGAAAGGCUAAUAAUCCCAGCAUCUAGUUUAAUCUCUGUUUUGAUGGAUUCUUAACUAAGCACACAACUGUCAGGAGGCUGUCUCUUUGCCUCCUUGUAGCCUUUUACAGAUAAGUAACAGAUUUCUCAAAUAUUCAGGCUAUACUGAUGCACUCCCUCUACUUGUACAAUGUGCAUAGUGAAAGAGAUGCAAUGGAAGAAAAUAAAAGGUUGGAAGAAAACCUUUGGCUCAUACAACAGCAGAAUCAAAAUGAUACUUGUAAUAAUUUAUAUUGGAAACUUCUAAUUGCAUUUGCACUCUGAAUGUAUUCCAAACACAGCAAAAAGUAAACAUAGUUGGCAUGUGUUCAGGAGUCAUAGAUUUAGCUUUCCAGAUGUAAUAAUUUGAUAGUAACAGGUACUGGAGAGAUAAUGUUUUGUUGUACAAAUCUAGCUGAUAUUUUCAAGGGGUUAGGUAGAAGAAAGAUGGGGGGGAACCUUUUUUUGCUUGAGAAGUUCAACAAAUGGGCCCUGAAAGGAUUGUAAAUUAAGUGCAAGUUUGGAACGUAAUUGCAGAGCUUAUGGAGUUUUCCCCAAACCCACAUUCUUCAUUGAUCAGUCUUAAUUGCAGACCCAACUGGUGUGAUGUUUCCUCUACCUGUCGGCCAAAAUAGAUCUUGACUUUCAGUCAACAACAGAGAUAAACAGUGUAUUUUGAUGAAUGAUACCAAAAGGUAUUUAAAUGGUGACCAUCUUAAUGUUUCUACAUGCCAUCCUUUCUCCAUUCAUUGUUUCCUGAAGCUUCAAGGCAUUCCAUAUCUUGGCCAACAAGAGGACCAGUAUAGGAAAUAUUCAGCACUUGCUUGAUUUGCUCUACGCUGGGGGAUUGCACUGCCGUUUUGUAGCUGAUUUAUUUAGCAUAUAUCACAUAAAAAGCUUAGGUUUACCAAGACUGUGAAUCAGUAAUCAUGUGCUUUUAAAAAAAUUAAGUGUUUUGUUUAUGCCAUCUGUUUAUACAAAUUGCAAUCCAUUUGCAUCAGAGGUGCUCAGUAAAGGAGUGCAUUCAGUUCAUAAUUGGUGCUUAAAAAUUCAGUUAACAGCCACGUCCUAGAGUCAAAAAGUAAUCCUCCCUUUAAGCCAACACACACCCAAUCCCCUUUCAUUUUUAACAGAGGUGUAUUUGCAUACACGUGUUAGGGCUGUAUCUUUCCAAUCCAUGGUCCACUUUAUUAUGCCUGGUUAAUUUGCAGUUCAAUUCUCAGGUGUUGCAGAAAAUCUACCUCUUCAGAUUGUAGAUGGAAAUAACUGUGAAAAGUGAUGCAGAAAUUUAGUUCGUGCUGAACACAUUGCUUUAUUUUUACAACCAUAUUUGCUUUCAUGAAUAAAAAUGCUGAAUAAAUAGGCAGUCUUUGUUUUUGCUUUUCGGGAACAUUUUGUAGAGAUUUUUCACUAAUGUGAAUCUGAAUUUUUAUCUACCCGGUUCUGUAUAGAUUCAGUAAAUUUGUGUGCUUAAA